CCGACUGUAACAGAAAAAAAAAACGCAGUCGACGUUCUCGUGAAAGUUCAGCCGGGAUACGCAGAGAAGAAGAGCGACUUAUUCUCUUAUUUAUGGACAUUACGGUAUUUGACGUGGGGCUGGUAACAGAGAGGGGAAAAGGGGGGAAAUAGUUCUGGGAGGACAGCCGUUUGGAUCAACGUUCUUCGGAUAUUCGACAGUUUUUCAGACGGAGAAAAAAAAGAUAUGGGGAAGUUGCAGAAUGUCUUACUCGGUUGGAGUCAUGGCUAAUAGACGUGGCUGACUGUGGGGUGCAGCAGGGUCAGAUCCUGCAGUGCGAGAACAGGGCAUGACAGCUGAGGAAGAUUUCCAGCCUUCAACAUCUCUACCCUCAGUUCCAGUUACUGUUGGACUCGUCCUCCUUGGUCUCACUAUGUGCAAAUAAACCCUAUUGAAUUUUAAGACUGAAGAUUUCCUCACAUCAGCUGCCAGCUGAGUAUUAAUCUAUGUUCUUCUGGUUUUAACAAAACAAAAUCCCACAACAAACAGCCAUGAGAGGCAGAACGAACCUGCUGCUGGGCUGCGUUCUGCUCUGCUCCGCCUCCCUGCUCUACUUGGGCAUGAACGGGAUGGACUGUCCUCGGAAGAGCCACCGCUACCGAUGGAUGGAGCUCAACAUGGGCUCAGGCAAUCAGAGUCUCCCCCUAACUGAACACUUUCCCGAAGACACACCCCUCAUCUUCAUCGGGGGGUUUCCUCGGAGCGGCACGACGCUGAUGCGUGUGAUGCUGGACGCCCACAACGCCGUUCGGUGUGGAGAGGAGACCAGAGUGAUCCCUCGCCUCCUGGCUAUGAGGGCUACUUGGAGUCGCUCAGUGAAGGAGAGAAUGCGACUGGACGAGGCCGGAGUCACCGACCAGGUGUUGGACUCAGCAGUGCGAGCCUUUUUGUUAGAGGUGAUAGUCGGCCACGGGGAGCCUGCACCCCGCCUUUGCAACAAGGAUCCAUUUGCAUUGAAGUCCCUGUCUUAUUUAGCACGCAUCUUCCCCAAAGCAAAGUUUGUGCUCAUGCUGAGGGAUGGACGGGCAACCGUCCACUCUAUGAUAUCGCGUAAGGUGACCAUCUCAGGGUUUGACCUGACCAGUUACAGAGACUGUCUCACCAAGUGGAGCAGCGCCGUGGAGACCAUGUUCAGCCAGUGCCAGGCAGCUGGGGAAGGUCGAUGUCUACCUGUCCAAUACGAGCGUCUCGUUCUUCGCCCAGAGCAGGAAAUGAGGAAGUUGCUUCAUUUCCUGGAUCUCCAGUGGGACCCAUCAGUGCUGCAUCACGAAGAGUUGAUCGGGAAGGCCGGCGGCGUGUCUCUGUCCAAGGUUGAACGCUCUACAGACCAGGUGAUGAAGCCGGUGAACACAGAGGCACUCUCUAAGUGGGUGGGAAACAUUCCCCCAGAUGUCAUCAACGACAUGGCGGAAAUCGCCCCCAUGCUUGCACGACUGGGCUACGAUCCUCACGCCAACCCUCCUGAUUACACAGACUCACAGAGAUAAAAAAAAAACAGCACCAGAGUCUAAUCAACCCAGUUGAAGAUUCCGGCAGCUUUCUUCCAUGUUUCGGCUGCUCCUUGGACGCGGAUUUCCUUACCAGUCUUGAGCUCUCCUAACAGGGUUUAUUUUGCCGUUGCACAUCAAUUUGUAAAUGAUCCUAAAGACUUGUUUACAGUAUCCAAGUCUGCAGACUGGUGGAGUGUUUGAGUUAGACUCGUUAAUCUCAUCUCCACGUCUCUCAUCCAUGGUAAACAGUUUUACAGAUUAUUUACGCAUCGUGUCGCCUCCUACCUGAAAGUGUUACAACAUUUCUGAAAUUGCUUCACCACAAUGUGAAUGUCUACAGACCAAUCACUCACUAAGAGAUCAGUCAGUGUUCAUCAAGCAUAAUGACUGUAUAUAUUUUUCAAGAUGUAUGUUUAUUUUCUUAAUAAAUUAUUUUGGUUGAUCUUUUA